AUGGCAGAUGUUUCAGGAAAUUUAAGUUCUACCCUAACAGACGAUGCUGUUCUGCAUGACAACGCAAACAACACGCCGCACACCACUCAUCCCGAUGCACUGGUUUUCUGGAAGACGAUUCCACCUGUCUUAAUUUGUUGUGGCACAAUCGGAAACAUACUGACUCUCGUAGUCCUUACCCAGAAGUCCAUGCGGAGGUCGCCUAUGACGUCAUACCUGAUCAUCUUGGCGGUUUUUGAUAUUUUAGCUCUACACACAGGGUUGUUACGACAAUGGGUUAUUUACUAUUUUGACGUAGAUAUCAGAGACAGCCACGUGAGUGUGUGUAAAAUACAUCCCGUUCUCGUCUACUUCUCGUUAGAUAUGUCGGCUUGGAUUUUGGUGUGUAUGACAGUGGAACGGACAGUGUCCGUGUUACAGCCACACAAAGUUAAAGUUCUGUUUUCUUCAAAGACAAGCCGCGCUCUGAUAUCCAUCGUUGGCGUUGUGCUAUUCGCAAUAAACGGCCAUUUUCUUUACGGCAACGAUAUUACUGAGACCCUUGUAAACAACGGGACAGUUUCAAAAUGCACAAACCAGUUGAUAAAACAAUACUUCUUCUUUCUCAAAGAUGUAUUUCCAUGGAUAGAUUUAACUAUGUUUUGUGUCCUCCCACUUAUUGUUCAAGUUACUGGAAAUAUUUUAAUUAUCACCAAACUCGUCUCAAAAACUCGAAAGAUGAAUAAGACUCUGACAAACGUCCAGGUGGCGGAAAACCGGAAACGUCAAUUCUCCUCCAUGACCAUCAUGUUACUGACCUUGAACUUCAUGUUUCUGAUCUGCACUCUACCGAUCUCCGUAUACUUGGUGUUCGAGGGAAUCUGGGACUCUAAUAAGGUUGACUACAAAUCCAAUACUACGGACCUGGUGUAUGCGACCACCUCUUCUUUGAUGUACGCAAACAACACGUUUAAUUUUGUGUUCUACUGUUUGUGCGGCAGGCGAUUCAGGACUGAACUGAGGAACCUAUUUGAGAGGAAAACAUCGAGAUCGAGCUUUCUAGAGACGAGUUUUACCAUUUCCCGCAGUGAACUCAACAGCAGCAAUUAUGGCAAUUCAAACACAGCAGCGUUCACAAUGUCUGUAGAAUAACUUACUUGAUGGAAUAGUAUUUUGAGCAAGCGAGCGAGCGAGCGAGCGAGAGAGAG